AUGCCAGCAAUGGAAACCAUCACUAUCAUCAAUAAGUCUGGCAAGGUGGUCAGCACUGGAAAACAACUAGUCAACAUUUUCAAAGAUGCAAGAGAUGCAUACGAGACGAAGAAAAAAGAGAAGAAGGAGGAGAUGAAAGCAGAACGACAAAAGCGAAUUGCAUACAAAGCUGCACAGAAUUUAAUAGAAGCUCGUGAAGACACCGCAUCGGUUGCAUCAUCUAGACGCUCCCAUCGCUCGACGCGAUCUUCCCGACACCACAAAGAUAAAGCCUUGACCUCAAGACCACCACUAUCGCACAUUCCCGAAGGAAGUGUUUCUUCGUCGCAACGUAAUAGAAGCGCCAGGCCGCAUGGGAAACGGAGCUCGAGUCAAGAUGGGUCGAGACACCCCUCUCCAUUAUUCGAUGAUGUUCAGCCAGGAAUGGUCCGUCGACAUACCGACCUUGGAGCUCCCGCUCCAGGUCAAAUGACCAGAGCCGGAACCCUUCCUCCACCGUACUCGUUACACCGCAGCGUUUCGGACCCGGAUGUACGUGCUGAUAAGAUCGACAUGAAUUUGGCAUAUGGAGAAUUACAUGAACGGCCAGGAUCUCGGGAUUCGAAUAAAGAAGAGGAGCUGGAGGAGGGCUUGUCGAAAUUAGAAUCCUUGUUGCUGGAAGCACACUGUGUGCAGCAUUCGGCGACGACAAUCAUUGCCAACCUACAGAAAAACCCAGAGGCUAUGGCUGCUGUGGCUUUGACCCUGGCUGAGCUGUCCAACAUUUUAAAGACAAUGGGUCCUGCCGUUUUGGCAUCUUUGAAGGCCUCUUCACCAGCUGCUUUUGCGCUACUUGCAUCGCCUCAGUUUUUGAUUGCUGGUGGUGUUGCACUUGGCGUGACGAUCGUUAUGUUUGGAGGUUACAAGAUUGUCAAGCAAAUAAAAGCAAAGAACGAAUUGGCCGCAGCUCAAGAAGCAAAUCGCCAAGAAGAGGCACUCGUCUACGAUAGUUUUGAAAUGGGCAGUGUAGAGAGCUGGAGAAGAGGUAUUGCAGAUGCCGAAUCGGAAAGCAUCGAGGGCGUCUAUCUCACGCCUGGCGCUGUAAAGUUAAAAUCAAAAAUUCGGGAGCGGGCAAAGGAGGAACGACAACGUCCAAAAGCACCAGAAAGCGCUUGCAGUGAACGAAGCGUCAAAACGCAUAGAAGCGUCCGCGAAAAAGAACAUGCAAGCGAUGUUCGCUCUAGCACCUUUGCCACUCGGGAAAUUCCCAUCCGGUCUUCUUCAAGUAAGAUGCUACCUGCACCAUCAGAAAGCGGACGUAGCAAGCGUGGAGAAAGCAAAGGCAAGGAACUUGUCAUUGUUAGUAGCGAAAAGAAAAAGAAAAGUUCGUCGCUCAGCGUUUUCCUAAACAAGCACAAGGACAAGAAGACCAUUGUAUAUGGAAUGAAAGCACGAAGACACGAUUACUUCUUCAUCCUGAGUUUCUGCUGUUUAAUGUACUUUAUGAACUACCUAGACCGCUCCAAUCUCGCAAAUGCCUACGUAUCAGGAAUGAAGGAAGAGCUCUCCUUUACCGGGAACCAAUAUAACCAGAUCAACACUGUUUUCACAGUCGGCUACGUGAUCGGUCAGAUCCCCUCAAACCUAGCCCUCUACCACCUCAAACCCCGCAUCUUCUUCCCCUCCAUGAUGAUCCUCUGGGGAAGCCUAACCAUGAUUUCAGCAGCAGCUCAACACCCACAACACCUAAUGGCCAUCCGUUUUUUCCAAGGCAUCGCCGAGUCCUCCACCUUCGUCGGAACACACUACAUCCUCGGAUCAUGGUACACCUCCCGCGAACUCGGCAAGCGCUCAGGAAUCUUCACUUCGCUGGCGCUGGCUCUUCAUAAUCGACGGUCUCAUCACCCUCCCAUCGCCAUCUACGGACUCCUCCUCUUCCCUGACACGCCCUCCACAACAAGUGCGCCAUAUCUCUCACCCACCGAGCGCUCCCUAGCCAUCUCCCGCAUCCCCACCGUCCCCGAACGCCAGCCGUGGAACUGGCACUUCCUCCAACGCGUCUUCUCAUCCUACCACAUCUACGGCUUCACCAUCCUCUGGAUCAUCGCCGGCGAAACCGAAUCCUUUUCCUCCAACGCGCUAUUAUCCCUCUACCUCAAAUCCCUAAAACGUUACUCCGUCUCGCAACUCAACAACUACCCCACCGGCGUCCCCGCAGUCGGAAUAAUCUCCACCCUCUUCUUCGCCACACUAACCGAUUUCCUCGGCGGGAGACGGUACAUCGUGGCCUACUUCAUCGGCGUCACGGGCAUCGCGACGGCGGUCAUGAUUCUAUGCUCCCAGGACGUCGGCGUGCGGAUGGCGGCGUAUUAUUGGGCUGGCAGCGUGUAUGCGUGUCAAGCUACGUUUUUCGCGUGGGCGAACGAUGCGAUGAGAUGGCGCGAGGACAGCGUGAGGGCGGUGGUGAUUGCGAGUAUGAAUUGUGGGAGUAAUGCUGUGAAUGCGUGGUGGAGUUUGGUGUUUUAUGGGGCGAGUGAGGCGCCGGAUUUUACUAAAGGAAUGUGGGCCAUGAUAGGUUGUUGUAUUGCGUUGGCUGUUUGGGCGAGUGGGUUGUUAUAUUUUACCGCACGAGAGGAGAAACAUAGGGUGCUUGAAGUGAGUAAUGGAGAAGGUGAUGUUGAUUCCAAGGAUCUUGGAGAGGAAGUGGUAACGAAAAGUUCUGCUUGA